GUAGGUGAUGCACAUGCAAAUAGGGGAGAGAAGACACGUUGGAGUCAAGUCAUCUGUGCUGCAGGGGGACAACUUGCCUUGUGACAGUUGGCACCACUAAUUGCCUCCCAUAUUAAUUAGACUACCUGUGAUGGUGCAAAUUGUAGCGGGGAGAUUCCCUGCUGUGUUAUGAACUCCUGCUUCCGCCAUCUCUUAACGUUCACCAUGACACAAGAUAGAGACGCCUGCGGGACACGAUGACAGCCGACAAGGAGAAGAGAAGGGCGAUCAGCCGUGAGGCAGCCAGAAGGAGACGACGGGUUGAGUCUGACGUGUUUGGAGAUUUGUCUCGUCUCCUGCCUCUCCAACCCUCUGUCCGAACUCACCUGGACAAGCCCUCAGUCAUUCGCCUCGCCCUCAGCUACAUACGCAUCCACAAAGUGCUAAAAGGGAACGCUGGGACAAAAGCAGAGGCCAGUCACACAGUAAAACAUGGACAAGGAAUGGAAAGUGGAGAGGAGCGGCGAGAGUAUGGCGGAGGACGUGGUGAGAAGGAGAAAGAAACAGAGGAUCUCGAAGCCUCAGAGGAGACAGACAUGUACCUGAGGACCCUGGAGGGAUUUCUGAUGGUCCUGUCCACCGAGGGAGACAUGAUCUUCCUGUCUGACAAUGUCUGCAAGUACAUGGGAUUGACACAGACUGAGCUGAUGGGACACAAUAUUUUUGAGUUUACUCACCCUUGUGACCACGAAGAAAUCAGAAAUAAUCUACGUCUGUCAGCAGGGGAAGUUUGGUGCGGUGGAAAGAGGGACUUUGUCAUGAGGAUAAAAAGCGCUCUGACGCACAGAGGAAGGAGCGCCAACCUCAAGUCAGCUACGUGGAAGGUCCUCCACUGUCAGGGCCGAGCGAAGGUGUGUGUCGCCCCGUCUUCAGUGUCCUGCCUGCUGUUAACAUGCCAGACUCUGCCCCUCUCACACACACUCCUCAGCACACAUACCUUCACCAGCCAGCACAGCAUGGACAUGAGGUUCACAUACUGUGAGCAGAGAGUGACUCUACUUUUAGGUUACAGCCCUGAGGAGCUGCUUGGCCGUUCCAUCUAUGGUCUCUGCCACACACUGGACACAAGCUGUUUGACUAAAAAUCAUCUGAACUUGUGCUUUAAGAGCCAGUCUGUCAGUGGUCAGUACAGGAUGCUGGUGAAAGGUGGAGGUUACGUCUGGGUGGAGAGUCACAGUGCUGUCAUCCCCGGCGGCCGACCCAGGCCCGGCGCCCACCAGCCACUCUGCAUCCUCUGUGUUACCUAUGUCCUCAGUGGAGUGGAGGAGCCGUUCCUGCAGCUCUCCUUGGACCAGACUGCCCACAGAUAUUGGAGCUGAAACUGUUUGAAAAACAAUCUGCAAAACCAAC